AUGCAUCAGCUCAUAAGUUUAGUGAUAGUUUUAGCAUUUUUUCUUAAUUUAGUAUAUUCACAAAGUUUAAAUAAUUUAAAUGACGUUUUUUCGUCAAAAGAAAAGAAUGAGCUCAAAGAAGAGGCACGAGAAAUGUUCUAUCAUGCUUAUAGAGCUUACAUGGACAAUGCUUUUCCAGCUGAUGAAUUACAGCCAUUAAGCUGUAAAGGACGGAUCAGAGGGAUUUCUGCAUCCAGAGGAGAUUUAGAUGAUACAUUAGGAAACUUCUCAAUGACACUAGUAGACACGCUAGAUACAUUAGUGAUAUUAGGUGAUUUCGAGGAAUUUGAGUCAGCAGUUAAGCUAGUUAUCAAGAAUGUUCAAUUUGAUAAUGACAUCAUUGUGUCGGUAUUUGAGACAAAUAUCAGAAUGCUUGGUGGAUUAUUAUCAGCUCAUAUAUUGGCUGAAUAUAUACAAAAAGAAGCUCACAUGAUGAUUUGGUAUCGUGGCGAGUUACUUGAAAUGGCAAAAGAUCUUGGAUAUAGAUUAUUGCCGGCAUUUAAUACAUCUACAGGAAUUCCACAUGCUCGCAUUAAUUUAAAAUAUGGAAUGAAGUCGGAAGCAUUAAAGCAUUCUCGUGAAACGUGUACAGCAUGUGCAGGAACAAUUUUAUUAGAAUUUGCAGCGCUAUCAAGACUAAGUGGGGAACCAAUAUUUGAAGCUAAGGCACAUGCAGCAAUGGAUGCAUUGUGGAAAAUCAGAAAUCGCUCAUCAAAUUUAAUGGGAACAGUCGUUAAUGUACAUUCAGGUGAUUGGAUACGACGAGAUUCAGGCGUUGGUGCUGGAAUUGAUUCAUAUUAUGAAUAUCUUUUAAAAUCAUACAUUUUACUUGGCGACGAACGUUAUCUGUCACGUUUUAAUAAGCAUUAUAAUGCAGUCAUGAAGUAUGUCAGACAAGGUCCAAUCUUUUUGGAUGUCCACAUGCAUCGUCCUCACACAAAGAGUAAAAACUUUAUGGAUGCAUUACUUGCUUUUUGGCCUGGUCUACAGGUCUUGUCUGGAGAUUUAAAGCCUGCAGUUCAAACACACGAGAUGCUUUAUCAAGUCAUGCAAAUGUACAAGUUCAUACCCGAAGCAUUCACUUAUGAUUUUCAGAUUCAUUGGGGACAAUAUCAUUUACGUCCUGAAUUUAUAGAAUCAACUUAUUUUCUUUAUCGUGCAACUGGUGAUCAUUACUAUCUUCAUGUUGGCAAGAAAGCAUUAAAGACUAUCCAGAAAUAUACAAAAGUUCCUUGUGGCUAUGCAGCUGUUAAUGAUAUUCGUACGGGAAAGCAUGAAGACAGAAUGGAUUCAUUUUUAUUAUCAGAAACAAUUAAAUAUCUUUACUUGCUGUUUAGUGAUGAUGAAGAUCUUCCACUUAAUAUUGAUGACUUUAUAUUCACGACUGAAGCUCAUUUACUUCCAUUAAGUCUCGGCAAAUUAUCAAAUCAUACAGGAUCGAUGCAUAAAGAUGAUGAUGACAAUCAUGCAAUAGAUUUAGACUUUAUGCGCUCAUGUCCAUCACCAAACAAGUUAUUUCCUGAAACAGUCCGUCGUCCUCUCCGAGAUUUGGUCACUGCCUCAUGCCCAAGAAUCUCAGUCGCUAAUCGAUUACGUGCUGCUGAAUUUCAAGCAAAUAAUGCAGACCAUCUUCGAGCAAUAUUCGAUAUGGGAGUUACGAUGGUUUCGUUGGGCAACGGAAAAGUUCAGCUGCUUCAUAGCUUCUACAAUGCCAAAUCAGUAGAAGAAGCUGAGCGUGGAUUACUUUUUAUGCAGGAAAUGGUCGAAUUAUCUAAAUCAAAUGCAGUUCCAUCCUCAGAAUUACAUGCUGUGACAUUUCGUCAUCCAACGACUGGCGAUGAGAUUGCUUUGUCUGCUGGUCCUUCACAUUUCAGUCCAGACAUUGUCGAUCCAAUUAAAUCUAAAUUAGUCUUCGCAGAACCAUUCCAUUUAUGUACGGAUUUACAAAAUAAGGAUGAAAUUAGCGGUAAAAUUGCAAUAAUUGAACGAGGCGAUUGCACAUUUGUAGAUAAGGCACGACGAGCGAUGAAUGCAGGAGCAAGUGCUGUUAUUGUUAUCGAUAAUGUACCUGAUACUUCUAUUCAUAAUUCACCGCCAUUUGCGAUGUCAGGCGAUGGUACAGAUGAUGUCAAAAUUCCUACAUGCUUCCUCUUUACCGUCGAAGCUAAUACCUUAAGAGAGGCCUUAAAUCUUAAAAAUGAUUUAGAGAUAACAUUAUCGUCAAUGAACAAUGUGAAUUCAAAAGGUCCCCAAGAAAGCAAUAAGGAGAGGAAAGCAGGCAAUUAA